AAAGGACCAUUAUUACUAAUUAAAGAUGUUCUAAUCCAUGUGGUCCAUCUUCUUCUUUUUUAGAAAUGGACCUAGCAGCAUCAACUGCAAGUUGGCAUACAACUGAAGGCAGCAUUAACUUUGACGACAAGAACUUAGCUUUCAUUGUCUUGAUUCUUCAACGGAUUUAGGCUAAGAACGAGAUAUAGUUUGAGGAAACCAGAGAUGGCGGUGGCAGCGGAGAUAGUGUUGGAGAUGGACCCAUUGUUGGAUUCCAUCAAGGAGAAGCUCCAGGUUAUCGGAAGCCAAACAGGUGAAGUGGAAGAGCCAUGCACCAUCUAUCGAGUAGUCCCAUCGAUUCGUGGAGAAGAAGGAGCUGCCUUCGACCCCAAGAUCAUCUCCAUUGGUCCUUUCCACAGAAACAAGAAGCAUCUCUUGCCAAUGGAGGAUAUCAAAUGGUGCUACCUGCACAAACUUCUUAGUCGAGUUCAGGAGAACACAUUGGAGAAGUUGCUGGGAGUUGUCCGUGCUCAAGCUCCCCAAGCUCGGAAAAUGUACUCAGAGAAGCUUUGUCUGGAACCUGAUGCUUUUGUCAAGAUGUUGUUGCUUGAUGGUUGUUUUAUUGUUGAGUUUCUUGUCAGGUUUCUCUUUGAAGAGAACCAUGGUCAACUCUCGGAUACUAACUGGAAGAUGCCUCUUGUGAGGAGUGAUCUCUUAUUGCUUGAAAAUCAAAUUCCUUUCUUCAUUCUACAAUCCUUAUUUGACUCCUCAGUUGCCUCAUUGUUUGAUUUGAAGAACCAAAAUGAGCCUCCCAUCACUUUAAAGGAGCUCGCUCUUAGUUAUGUUACUCUUGGGAGGCUAGAAACAUUGCCAGAGCCAGUGAACAAUGUCAAAAUACAUCACUUGCUUCAUUUGUUUCAAAUUUCUCUUACUCCGAACCCCGCAUUGGGUGGGCCUCAACCAUUCUCGUGCAUGAAGAUUUUGAUGCAAUUUCUGAGGAAGUGUAAGAGAUUCAUCAUUGAUCUAAUUAUUUGGUCACUCUCCAUUUGCCUUUGUUGCUUCGCUGUCUUUCGGCGUCAUUCUUAUCUUCUGCCAAGCAAGCGAGAUAGUUCAAGGGCCCCAAGAACAAUACCCAGCGCCACAGAGCUCCAAGAAGCAGGGAUAAUAUUCAAAAAAAGGAAGAUGAAUCAAGAGAUGCAGAAUAUGUGUUAUUUGGAUGUGAAAUUUGAAGAUGGCAUCAUGGAGAUUCCAUGUGUUCCCAUACAAGCAAUGACUAUCUCAUUGUUCCAUAAUCUCAUAGCCUUUGAGCAAUGCUACCCCAACUCAGGCAGCCACUUCACUAGUUAUGCUGCUCUCAUGGACAACCUCAUCAACACACCAAUGGAUGUUGCUGUUCUUCGAGAUUGUGGUAUUAUUGAAAGCAAAUUGGGCAGUGACAAUGAGGUGGCUAUCUUCUUCAACCAGUUAUGUAAGGGUGGGUAUUUAGACUAUGAAAAUCAUUAUCUAGCAGAAGUGUUCAAAGAUGUGAGAAAAUUCAGCUCAUCUAGUGGUCAUAGAUGGAGAGCAAUGUUGGUUCGUGAUUAUUUCAGCAAUCCCUGGGCUAUCAUUUCUUUUGCAGCAGCAUUUGUUCUCCUUGGCCUCACAAUUGUGCAGACUGUAUUUUCCAUUUUGACAUAUGUUUGCCCUCCUAAACAACCAACUUAAUUUUAAUGUAUGCUAUUUGUAUCCUGUUACA